CGCAUUGUAAAAUUUUCAUUUCUAUCAUGAUUUAAAUUAGCCGUAGCAAAUAUCACUAGGUAUUUGUUUGAUUUUGCGUCUGGAUAUUAAUAAACGUUACUUUACUUUUACCGGCGUCUUCAGCACGUUGGCAGCAAUUUCCGGGCUUAUCGGUGCACAGUUGUUUACCUUUUUCAACAUGUCUACCGUGGGUGGAAUGUUUUCGGCAAUUCUAUUAAAAUUGGAUUUUUCGAAAUAAUUGUGGAGCCAGUAAGAUAUAUAAAUAAUAGAGCAGCAAUAUUUCUACAGUAGACCACAAAUACAAUGGCCAACCCCAGAUUCCCCGGUCAGUUCCCGGGAGGUAUGAGCACUGGCCAGCCACAGCCAGGGUUUGCCCCCACCAUGAACAACCCCACUUUUGCUAUGAACAAUCCCAUGAUGUAUCAGCAGCAGCAGAUGAUGGGCAUGGGCAUACAGGGGUUUGCUCCAGGCAUGAUGCCAGGACAGAACCAGGCUGGAUAUGGUGUGCCCAGAUAUGUGCAGCCCCCUCCCUAUACACCCCAUAUGGCACAAAACUACAGACAAAGAGUUGCAACUCCUAAGACUAGGCAUAAUGUGCCUGUGAAAACAGAAGAAGAAGAACGAAAAGAGCGAUAUUUUCAACAGCAGCAACAGAAGCUGAAGGAAUUUGGGAAGGGAAAAACAAAGACUGUGGAUGCUGACAGUCUGAUGAAGAAUAUAUUUAGCACUGAUUCUGCUAAACCAAAACCACAGAAGCAGCCACAUCAACCAAAACCUCAGUCACAGCCACAAGCUACAGAUGAUUUUGGUGAUUUUCUUGGUGGUCCAUCAUUCACAGAUAGUACUACUCCGUCACUGAACCAGAGUCAAGGUCAGGAUCAGGGUCAAAAUAAAGGUCAAACACAUACUGUUGAGAAUUUGACAGGUCAAGUUCAUGCUGUAGGUCAAGGUCAUGGUCAAGAUCAUAUGCAGGGUGAGGCACAAACUGUGCAGCCUCCAAUGCCCCAGCCAAAGAAAAAAGGGUUAGAGGAUAUGAUGAGGGAAUGUUCUGAUCUCAGUGCGCCUCAGAAAGCCAAGACAUUCAAAGGUCCCUCUGUGAAAGAGGUCCAACCCAAACAUCAGGCCAAGGUGGUCAGUUACCAUGAAAGUAAUAAGUCCAGGAGCUGGCAGGCCCCAGAAGAUGAACUGUCCAGUUUGUUUACACUCUCAGAGCCUCUUCCCACAGAGCCACCCAAGACCAAGAAAACCACCCCUCCCAAGACUAGAGCAGGCUCAUUCAGAGUCCCCAAGUGGUGCACUGAUGAUAACUUGGUUCCAGACCUGUAUAAACAUGUGUUGGAGGCUUCAGUUGAAAAUGGCAUCAUAGAAACAGGGCGUCUCUACCCUAUCCUUAUCGGCAGUGGCUUACCUAAGGCAGUGCUGGGUCAGAUAUGGGAGGUUGCAAACAAGAAGACCCCCGGCCAACUCAUCAAAGAGGAGCUGUACAUGAUGCUUGCUUUAAUAGCUUUAGUGCAGAACAAUGUCCAUGUGCUGUCAUUGUCCACUCUGGAGAAGUUACCACAUCCUCCAAUACCAUAUCUAGGGCAAGCAGCACCACAACCUGCAUAUCACCCUAAUGCUGGACAAGCUCCCCAGCAAAUGCCCCCUGGUUAUCAGACUCAGCAGAUACCAUCACAAGUACCCCAGGGUCAGGCCCCAUCCCAUGUACCCCAAGGACCUUCUCAAAUCCCCCACAGUCCCAGAGAAAUACCCCAGGGAUUAACUAGUUCAGGGACAGUGCCAGCAGCUACCACAAAUAUCAGUCGCAUUCAAGCCACUGCAACAGGGGAUGAUGAUUUUGAAGAUUUUCAAGCAGCACCUAGCAUUCCAUCACAGUCAUUGCAAUCUGUUCCAUCCCAAACACCAUCACAAAUACAGCCACAGCCUGCAGUAUCAGUGAGCAGUUUUGCACCUUUUACAAAUCAAGCCAAGCCCAAUCCUCCCACCAUGCCUCAUUCACAACCUGUGUCUUCUUCUUUGGAUAGUUUUUCACCUUUUCAAGGAACUACCAGUCAGACAUUCCCUGGUUCUGUGAACUUAGAAGUCUCAUCUGUAAAGUCACUGCAGCAGUCUCCAAUAGGGGGCAGUGCAGUGGUAGAAGGAAAAGACGAUGAUUUUGAAGCAUUCCAAGAAGCUCCUAGACCAGCUUCAGGUUCUUUUGGAGACUUCUCUGGUGCAGAACCUGAGCAAAUUAGUGCCCCCCAGAAUGCAGCACCUCCUGGUGUACGGCAAGAGAUGAACCUGAUGGCUACAGAGGAUGACAAAUAUGGUGCUCUAAGAGGACUCACCUUGGAAGGAGAGACAGAAACAAAAAAAGAAGAAGCAGAUGAAUUUGCGGACUUCAGGUCAUCUUCUGAUGACCAGGGCACAGUGUGGACAAAUCCAUUACCAACCAGUGAAGGCUGGGGAGACUUGACCAGUUCAGGAAACAGUGCAGUACACAAAUCAGAGGGUUGGGCAGCAUUUGAGAGUGCCACAGCCCAGACCAAUACAGGAAGUGAGAGUGAGGGCUGGGCUGAGUUCUCAAUGCCACCCUCAACUGUGCCUGCAAAGGUCUCAGAUCUUUCCCAGCCUGAAGGCAGUUUGAACCUCUUUUCACAACCUCCAUCUUCUCAAGCAACACAGCCACUUGGAGGAGACAGUAUGGAUCUUUUCUCUCGGAGUCCUGCGACUGGGGCUGAUUUGGGGGUCAGUUUGGGUGGACCGUCAAACUCUACCAGUGACCAGUCCAGCUUAGCCACCAGUGAAGUACCCACUGAUCCAUCACAUUUGUUUGCAUUUUGCAAACCCAAGCCUAAGGCAAAAACUUCAGGUGGUAUUUUUGGUGAUAGUAGUGGAGCACAAAGUGACCUCAGUCUACCCCAAGAUGGCAGUGCAACGGUGGAUGAUGAUUUUGCAGACUUUCAGGAUUUUACCUCGAGUGCUUCAGUGCCAUCUAACAGUAACAGUAACACUGAUCCAUCUUUUAGUGCUUUAGGAAUGCCACCAGGAGGCUCUGCAGUAUCCACAGCUGGUGACCCUGCUGAUAAAUAUAGUAUAUUCCACCAGGUGGGUGAGGACACUUCAUACAGUAGUGUAUUUGGUCAAUCCACGAUACCAGAGCAUUUUAGAAGCAGCGGUGCUGAUGGUACUAGUGAUGAUGAGUGGGAUAAUUUCCAAGCCCCUCCAUCAUUGUCAAAUACAGCCAUGGGGACAGACAAGCCAGAGACUGCUCCCAAAAAACUGAUAGCUGUUAAAGGUCUGGUUGACAGUGUGGUAGAAGACAAGGAGAAAGUACAAAAAGAAAGGGAAGAGAAAAAGAAGGCUGAGGAGGAGAGAAAGAGACAGCAGCAACCAACAUCCAGGUAUGUCGGUCAUAUGUCUGUUUACAAACAGAGGAUCCCUCAGCCAGUCACCAUCCCAGCGUUUGAUACUGAACCACCACCCUUGACUGAUGAUGACUUUGGGGAGAUGUCCCCUGGUCAUAAUGACCACUUUGGCCAUCCUGUCCACCAUCAUCAUGCUGUAGUAGAUGUGGAUGACCAUGAUGACUUCACAGGAUGGACAACGGCUGGAAAAAUUAAGAAAGAGGACAGUCAGUCUGUAGCAAGUCUUGAACUCGCUAAAUCAUCAAGCCUGUCUGUGAUAAAACAGGAAGACAGCCAAUCAGUGUCCAGCUUGGAAUUUGCUGCAGGAAAGGCAUCGUCCACAAAAUCCAGUGCUGGCGAUGAUGCUUCAAACUCCAGUGUUGAUUUUAAUGGCUUUGACUCUGGAAAUAAUAAAGUAACAGGCACACCUGAUGAACAGUCAGUAGGAAGUUUGGAUUUGCAACCUACAGUCUCCGAGGCAGAGAUCAAUGAUGCUGAUGACUUUGGAGACUUCAGUUAUCCCAGCCAGAAAAGGCCAGAAAAUGUGGCACCAAAACCUUCCUCAGAUUUUAGCAGUGUCCUCACCACUAGUAGAAGUUUCCCUCCUUCAGUUCAGCAGGACAUUGAUUGGCAUACUGUCCCACGCUCUGCCAGUGAGAUCCUUGCAGAGAGUGGUGGAGGACCUGGGAUUGGAGACAGGUACAGUGCUGUCAUGGAGGAGGAAGUACAGGAUAAACAUGCCCAUGAGUGGCAGAGAUGCCUGGAGAGCUGUGACCAGAUGAUUGCCAGUGCCAACAAUGUGUUCAACUCCAUCAGCAGUUCCUCUGUGUGUGUGGAGGUCAUCAACUCAGAGGAAGGCAUAGAUUACCUCACAGGUGUGGUUGAGAUCUACCGUGUUGUUUGCAGGAUAUCUUGUGCCAUGAAAGCCUAUAGCAUAUCAACAUCAGAGCUGAGACAGGUCUUGAAGUCAGUUGACCUCAGCUGGAACAAUCUGUGUGCUUUUAUCACUGCAGCAGGCAGCACUAUCAUGACUGACAACUCCUUCAACUUUGCUGGACACGUACUGAAGGCAGAGGAUGAAAAUUCCCAGGACAAGGCUUGUGGUGUUUGCACACUGAAUGUGGAUGGCAAAUCAAACAUGGGCGAGGAUAGUUUUAAACUGAGUUAUGGUCGCAGGCAGUAUCAUGCAACUUGUGCUAAUUUCUGGAUUAAUGCUGUGGACUCUACUUUACCAGCCUUGAAAAUCCCAGAGCUUUUGUGAGGAGGGAAGAAAGCAUAGCCGUAAUUAUGUAUCUAUAUGUGAUGAUGAGGGAGAAGCAACAGCCAAGGAGAUUCAUGAACAUUUUUUAUAAUCAGGAGCCUAGUCACCUUCAUGCAUGUUUUAGUUAUGCCAUAAAUAUUAUUGAAAUAUUUGAAUAUGUAAUUUUAAUGAUUAAAAUUAAUUUUGGUAGGAUAAAAAAAAUCAUGUGUGUGCAUAUUUUUGCUUAACUUUUGGCAAAAUGCUCAAAUGUGCAUAAAAAGCUAUACUACACUUUAGCUUCUGCAAAUCUAAAAUAUAGGAAUGAUUGUGAGAAUUUGGCAGUUUUUUUCCACCUGAUCUUGAUGGUUCAAUCCCUACAUUCCAGUUUGAUCAAUAAUUUGUAUUCUUGUUUGUAAUUUUUAUGCCAAAUGGAUAAAACUGAUUCCUCUUUGGAAGUUGGAACCAAUCUUUUUGGAAAUAAUUUGAGCGAUAUGUGGUAAGUUAGUUGUGAGAAUAAACUUUUGAUCUGUUGUUUUCAACUUAAUUAUAAUUCUUUAGAUUAUGUGAAAAGGAAGAACUUUUGAGACAAAAUGUGUGUGCUUAAGUCUGGCAGUGCAUUAUAUGUGUGGUAACAGUAUUACACUUUAACAGUCAUCAGUUUUAAUGACACUAUUAGGUUCUAAUAAUUGAACAUGCAGUUUUAAUUUCUAAUAAGUUCUAAUAAUAUACUAAGUUCUAAUAUUAUAACAAGAUCCUAGUUUACCAACUUGAGUAUUUGCAUUGUUGUAUGUAUCAUUUAACACCCUUACCUGCUCUUUACACAUGUCAGAUUGGAGUCCUUCUGCGCUUCCUGGUUUCAGAUAUUGAUUGGUCCACAUUUGUGGUAUGAUCAAAAGUAUGGGUGCAAAUCAGAUGUAUGUUUCGAUAAAUGAAAAAACGUGCAAUAUGUAAUUGUUAAUUUAUGUCAGUAUAUUUUAGAUUGUUUUGUGAUGUAUGGGUCCAAGCUUCA